AUGAGUUCCACGACCUACGUGUCCGCGAAGAAGACUGGUCUGGCUAAUGCUCUGAAUGUGCCCGUUUCCGACGUUGAGAUCACGGGCUUCGCCAUCUCGACCCAUCCCGAUCGGUUCCCCGCUGCUGUCCGCCAGCUCUCGCGGGACUCGCACGUUACUGUGACCACGAGCUUCACGGUGGAGAUCGUCGGCAGCAAGAGCGCCGCGUCCCUCACCGCCGCGAUCGCUGCAAUGUCUGCCACCAUUGAGGCCGAGACGAACGAAGCUAUGGCUGCGUCUGACUGGAGUACUGAACCGGUCAUCACUGUGGCUCCUACGCUGACGGCUCCUUCCGUGGGCGCAGCGGGUUCGACUGCGGGCGUCACCUUGGCUCCCACGCCAGUUCCCGUCAUCAUUGGGGCCAGCAUGGGCGCCGUGGCGGGCACCGGCGACCCGCAUCUGCAAAAUAUUUUUGGCGAGCGUUUCGACCUCAUGCUGGCCGGCAGGCACCUCUUGGUCCAGAUCCCUAGGGGCGCGCGCACCGAGGUCUCCCUACUGCGCGUGGAGGCGGAGGCGCAGAGGCUCGGCGAGUUGUGCACGGACAUGUACUUCCAGGAGGUGAACUUGACGGGAAAGUGGGCGGACGAGAAGCAGGCUGGCGGUCUCCGGUACCGCGCAUCAGAGGCCGUCACGGAGGAUCCCAAGUGGGUGCAGUUUGGGAGGGUGGACCUCAAAGUCGCGCACGGACGUACGUUGGCGGGGAUCCGCUACCUCAACGUCUACGCGAAGCACUUGAACCAAGCCGGGUUCUCUGUCGGAGGCUUGUUGGGCGCGGACGACCACAGCAAGGAAGCGACCACUCCUGAGGGCUGCAGGCAUCGUCGAAUGAGCCUUUGGCAAACAAAGGACGACCCGAGCACUGCCGCCGUCUCUACAAUGGAGCCUAGCUGGGCCAGCCUGGCGUAG